UUAUUUUAUUCACUUAAUAUUAUUCUCGAUGCAACCAACAGUUCAAGGUUUGGGUUUCGCUAUAAAACCAUAUCUUCCCUAGCCUUACAUAAUAUUUACCCAUUCAGAUAAACAAGUAGUAAAAUCGAAGAAGAAAAAUGAAAACUACUGUCCUAUUUUUCUGUUUUUGCGUCAUCGCAAGCAGCCAAGUGUUUGGUGAAGAAGAUCUUCCAGAAAUUAAAAUAACUUAUGAAGAUCCAGCAGCUCUAGCAGCAAGACCUUUCAGGAAAGAAGAUUGUGGUCUCGGAGUACAACAACAAAAUGAUCGUCAAGGUGUCUGUCGUGCUGAGAUCCCAGUAUAUAGAUGGAGCAACGAAGACAAUAAAUGUGUCAGAGACUUCUACGGGGGCUGCCAUGCGACCAAAAACAACUUCAGAAAGGAGGAAGACUGUGUAAAGAUAGCAACACCAGUUUGUUCCAAUUAAUUGCGAUAUCAAUAAAACUGUGUUAAUGCAAUAACUUUUGUUAUCUUACAGUUUUUAAAUAAAAUGAAAUAUUUGUUUUAUUUGAUUCACUUUACAUUUAUUAACCUCUAUGCAACCGGUUCAAGGUUUGCCUUUUGGUAUAAAGCUAAUCUCUUCUAAUUUUACAUUAUAUUUAAAUCGAAGAAGAAAAAUGAAAACUGCUGUCCUGUUUUUCUGUUUUUGCCUCAUCGCAAGCAGCCAAGUGUUUGGUGAAGAUCUUCCAGAAAUUAAAAUAACUUAUGAAGAUCCAGUGGCUCUAGCAGCAAGACCUUUUAGGAAAGAAGAUUGUGGUCUUGGUGUUCAACAACAAAAUGGUCUAGGCGUCUGCCGUGCUAGAAUCCCAGUAUAUAAAUGGAGCAACGAAGACAAAAAAUGCGUCCAGGUCUUCUACGGAGGCUGCCACGCUACUAAAAACAACUUCAGAGAGGAGGAAGAAUGUGUAAAGAUAGCAAAACCAGUUUGUUCCAAUUAAUUGUGACAUCAAUAACACUGUGUUAAUUGUGUUUGUAUACAAAUGAUGAAUAAAAUAUGUUAUUUUUAAUUAUGCGAUGUUAAAUAGUUAACAAAUAUAAUUUUUUAAACUA